AUGGCGCCCUCAGAAGAGUCUAUCUUGAGCAAUUUCUUGCUCACACCAGCUCCAUUGCCUACGGUGCUUUCUCUUCAGAAGUUCACCGAGUUCUUCCCCAAGAGGUUGAGGAGCCACCCUCAUAUUCGGACUCUUUAUAGAGAGCUACAGCAGGUUCGGGAACAGGAUAUGGACCGUGUCAAUGAAAAUAUCGAUCGAGAAAUCCAGCUUGGCGAGAGCCAGAAGGCUGAGUUACGGAAGGCCAACCGGGCUAAAGGCGUUGAAGCUACUGAUGAACAUGAACAGCGGGAGAUCGAUCUUGAUGCCCACCUGUUUGGUCAAAAUACCUCAGACUUGCAUGAAUACCACUCUGUCGGCAGUUUACUUGCCGAGAUGGAAACAGCCUGUGCCAACGUCGAGCGGGAAAUCGAGAGUAUGGACCAAGAAGCUGCAAAGAUCAUCGAGGCACUCACUUCCUCUAUUGGCGACAUGAGUGACCUACGUUAUGGCAAGUUCUCUGGCCCUACGGGAUCUGCCCACAGUGUGGCCCAAGAGGCUAUCCAAGGUUUACAAAAUCUUGAGGAUGUUUGUUACGCAAAGAGUAUGCCACCUGGCGGCUCUUGA